UUUGGCGGCAGAUUGGAGCUCGGGAGAGGAGGGCCGGAGUGCUUGGCGUUUUCUGAAACCUCAUUAACCAUAUUCUUACGCCAUGGAAGACAAUGAUGAUCUGGAUUUAUUAGCAUCUCUUUUGGAUGAAAAUGAGGAGGAAGAGACUGUUGCUGAAGCAGGAUGUUUACAGGAUGAACAGAGUGUGGAGGGAUCACUUGAGGCUGAUGAGUGGGAUGAACUGUUCGACAAGGAGGAGGAUGACACCCAUGCUAAAGAACUCAGUGCUCUCUUUGGGGAUGUGGACGAUUUGGAAGAAGAGGAAGGGGAGAGCAGGAGUAUUACAAAUGCAACAGAAAUAGAUGAACAUACACCUUCCAUUCCUGGUCAGAAGAAAUCUGAAAAAUCCAAGCUGGAAUUAGAAGAGGAACUUAAAAGGAUGAAGGAGCAGAUGGAAAAAUUACAGCAGCAGUUGACAAAAGUUGCAGAUGGACGGAGUUGCAUUGCAAGUUCCAGAAAGGACUCACCUGACAACAAGCAGAAGGUGCAGGGUAUGAAGCAAUUUCUCGGUCAAGGGGUGUGUACUUCACAAAACAUCAAGAAAAACAAUUCUUUUCAGCAAGAUCGAUGUAGAUCAUCCUCUAGAGUUCAGCAUGAUCUUCUGAAAAGCAAGUCACGUAAAGCCCCAGAGCCUACGAAGUCACCAAAAGAGAGAAGUCCUCCAACUCCACCUGGAAAUGAGCAGCCACGUCAACAUCAGAACAAACACAAUGCAAAUCAUCAAAACUUGCCCACAACUUCACGAGCUCAUGGAAGCCCAGGAACGUCACGAGCAGCAAAUACUGAUGUAUCUGUGGAUAAAUUCUCUGGCUUGAGAUUAAGAAAUCCAAUUGUUUCAUCAACAGAGAUGGAGAGAAAGAUGCACGGACGAAAGCUGAUCAGGUUCUCCCAGCUCUGCUCAAAGCUUGCAAAUGAAAAGCUCGAGGACGUGGACUGGGUGACAUUUGGGGUUAUCAUCAAGAAAAUCACACCACAGAGUUCCAAUAAUGGUAAAACUUUCAGUAUAUGGAAUCUAAGUGAUCUGCGGAGCAACUUGAAAUUGUCUCUCUUUCUCUUUGGAAAUGUCCACAAAGAGCUCUGGAAAACAGACACAGGAACUGUCAUUGGGCUUCUGAAUGCCAAUCCGAUGAAAUCCAGGGAUGGAGCGGAUGAGGUUUGUUUAUCUGUUGACCACCCACAGAAAAUCCUGGUCAUGGGUGAAGCCUUGGACAUGGGAACAUGCCGUGCUAAAAAGAAGAAUGGAGAUCCCUGUACUCAGAUAGUGAACUUGAUGGAGUGCGAAUACUGCGAGUACCAUGUCAAAGCCCAGUACAAAAAGCUUAGUGCCAAGCGAGCUGAUUUGCAGUCCAGCUUCUCUGGUCGUGCUCCAAGCAGAAUGAACGGCAAGCAUGGCAGUCUGAAAGAAAGGCUGUGUCAGCAAGGAUUCCACUAUGGAGGGGUUUCGUCAGCGUCAUACGCAGCCUCAGUUAAAACUGCAGGUCCUAACAAAAGCGUUCAGAUGACCUUGACGCAGAUGGUGGUGAAAGGAGCUGACGAUAUUGUUAGAGAAACUAAGAAAACUAUAGCAUUAACAAGUGGGAAGAAUUUGACAGCGUGCUCAGAGGAAUUUAAGGAUUUAAUGCAAUUACCUACUUUUGGAGCACGUAAUCUCAAGAAACACCUAACAAAGGCACCCAUCAAAGGUUGGUCGGUUAACAAUGCACAGCCAGGACCUGCUAUCCUAUCAUUAUCUGCCUCUGAACUAUUAAAGCAGCAGAAGCAAAGAAUGCUGGAAACACGCAAGAGGAAAGCUGAAGAGCUACAGAGGAGCUUUUUGCAGAGUAAAGUUGUACACAGCGGCCACACGUUAGGAGCAGGAGGACUCUCAAAUCAAACAUCACCCAAGGUUGGAGCAGAAUUUCGCAAAGAACAAAAAUUGGUUGCCACACCACAGACACCUAAACUGGGAGGAGGCCUUUCCCAAGGAGAAGAUAUUCUCUUUUUUGAUACAUCUCCACCAUCAACCUCAAAGCUGAACCAUUAUGCGGAUACAAAGAAGAUGGCUGCCAUUAUGAAGCUCCGUAAAAAAGGUGCAGUUCUUGCAAAGGAGGACCCCAACAGCGUAAAGCAGAAACUGCCAGACGCGAGUGAGAAGUUGUUGGAGCGUAUCGAGAAAAACCAUUCUUCCCCAGAUGGAAACGAUGAACCAAUGUUAAAGAAGCACCGUGACCAGCUGGAGUACCUGGACUCCGAAGAGUUUCGGAAAAUACUAAAUGCAAAAUCAAGACAUAUUGGCACAGUCCAAGAGGCUGAAUUAGAGCUUCAAGAGCAGUAUUUUGAGCCACUUCUGAAGAAAGAACAAAUGGAAGAGAAAAUGAAAAGCAUCCGUGAGAUGAAGUGUAGAGUUGUCACUUGCAAGAUGUGUAAAUAUACAUAUUUCAAGCCACUAGAGAUGUGUGUGAGUGAAAACCAUGACUAUCACUGGCAUGAUGCAGUCAAGCGCUUCUUCAAGUGCCCCUGUGGUAGCAGAGCGAUAGCAUUAACAAGAUUGCCAAAGAAGAGCUGCAACAACUGUGGCUUGUAUAAGUGGGAGAGAGAUGGAAUGUUGAAGGAGAGGAAAGGUCCAAAAAUUGGAGGAGAACUGCUGCUACCAAGAGGAGAAGAACAUGGCAGAUUUUUAAGUACUUCAAAAUGAAUCCUAACUCAGGCUAGGCAGCAUCUAUAGGAAGAAGCACAGUCGACGUUUCGGGCCGAGACCCUUCAUCAUUGUUUCAUUGGACGAACCUGGACCAUCUAAUAUGUGAAACUUGUUCCAUGAGCAUAUUACUAGCAUUUGCAGUAGCAGAAUGACUCUGAAAGGAAUAUUAUUUUCCAAUUCCAUCUCUGGGCUGGACACCAUCCUGACUGGGAAAUACACUCAGUGGCCACUUCUUUGGGUACCUCCUGUACUGGUGUAACAUGUGGUUAUUUGAGUUACUGUCACCUUCCUCUUAGCUUGAGCCAGUCUGGUCAUUUUCAUCUGACCUCUCAUUACCAAGGUGCUUUACUGUUCCUGUCUUCCCGUGGUGUCAACUUCCUAGAUAAACAGCUCUGGAGGAAUAUUUCCACAUCUCACUGCAGCAGUCCAAGAUGAUGCUCAAUACAACCUUCCAAGGAUGAUUAGAAAUGAGCAGUUUAUAAUAGACUUGCCAGCAACAGCCAGAUCCCAAGUACAACCACUCCACAACUUACUAAAGGGAUACAUUUCUGGAAAAUGUUGAGCAAGAUUUAAUAAACUGAAAAGACUGCAAAACAUUCCAUCAGAUAUAGCAACAUAACUUAAUAAUUGGCAUUAUUGUGAAAAAUUGUAAAUUGAAAAUGUACUUUAUAACUCAGAAUUAUUGUACAAAUGAAGAAAUGGGAUUGUAAUUGUCCUGUUUCUCAGAGGUAAAUGCUAAUAAAUUAAAAAUUAGAUUAUUUUCAUUUAUUUUAAGAGUUAAAUUUACAUGCAGUUAUAUCAAUCAGAUUAAACAGUAAUAAGUUUUUAAAAUUAUAAUCUGUCUGGAUGGAAUGUAAGCAAAAGCUUUUCAUUGCAUCUUGAUUAAUGUUACAGGACCUGAGUAAAAGGGAAAUGUUGAAUAGGUCGGGACUUUAUUUCCUGGAGUGUAGGAGAAUGGGGGGAGAUUUGAUAGAGGUAUACAAAGUUAGGAUCAUAUGUAGAUAAGGUAAAUGCAAGCAGGCUUUUUCCACUGUGGCUGGGUGGGCCUAGAACUUAAGAGGUCAUAGGUUAAGGGUGAAAUAUUUAAGGGGAACGUGGGGGGAAGUUUCUUCAUUCAGAGGGUGGUGCACAUGUGGAUGCACUGCCAGUAGAAGUGGUGGAUGUAUGCUCGAUCAUAGCAUUUAAGAGAAGUUUGGAUAAGUACUUGGAUGAGAGGGCUAUAAAGGACUAUGGUCAGGUCAAUGAGAUUAGGCAGGGAAAGGUUACAAAGAUGUCAGUACCUGAGUAAUAAGGAAAGGUUGAAUACGUUAGGACGUUCUUUCGUGGAGCAUAGGAGAAUGAGGGGAGUUCUUAAAAAUGUAUACAAAAAUAUGAGGUAUAUUAUAAGGGUAUAGGUAUAGAAGCAGGGGGGUUUUCCUGUCAUGUUGGGUGAGACUAGAACUAUGGGUCAGAUAUAGGAUGAAAGGUGAAAUUUUUAAGGGAAAUCUGAGAAGGAACAUUUUCACUCUGGAAGGUGCAGUGUGGAAGUAGUCGAUUUGUGACACUUAAGACAAGUUUGGAUGGGUACAGUACGUAGAUGAGAGGGGUAUGGGUCCAGUUGCAGCUAGAUGGGAUUGGGCAGACUAGGUGGGCUGUUUCUGUGCUGUAGUACUCUGUGACUCUGCCAUUGACUUAGAGAACAAACCAGUCUGGCAGGUGAGGUAUAAAUAGCGAGUGAAUUGGCUCUAGAGCGAGGAGUCUGGGAGGAGAUGUAAACAGCAGUGAUCAGGAAGAUGUGGGAACUGAUGGGCAGAGGAAGUACUGCCUGGCAGCCUGAUGUAGUUCCAUCACUGACACCAGUGACUUGUUCACAUGGUUUAGGCCAUUGGAACCUGCAGCCACCCUGUGCAUCUAUCUCUAACAACAUAACGUUCCCUUUUUCUUGUGCUCCCUGCCAUUGAGAUACGAUGUACAGGAGCCUUAGAUCCAACACCACCAGGUUCCGGAACAAUUGUUACCCCCACAACCCAUCAAGCUCCUGCACCCGUUACCUCUGAACUGAUUCCACAACAAAUGGACUUAUUUUAAUGACUCUACAACUCAUGUUCUCAAUAUUUAUUUCUUUUUUUUAUUUGCUCGGUUUAGUGCUUUUUGCAAUUGGUGUGUGCAGUUUUUCACUGAUUCAAUUGUGUUUAUUGUAUUUACUGUGGAUGCCUGCAAGAAAAUGAUAGCAUAUGGUGUCAUUUAUGUACUCUGGUAAUAAAUUUAUUUUGAUUUAAUAACAGAAAAUCUGCAAAUGCUGGAAAUUCAAGCAACACACACAAAAUGCUGGAGGAACUCAGCAGACUAGGCAGCCUGAAUCGUUAACUGUACUCUUUUCCAUAGAUGCUUUUUGCCUGGCUUGCUGAGUUACUCCAGCAUUUUGUGAGUGUUUUGAAUUAAUAUAUAUCUACCUUACCCUUAAAACUAUCCAUUCUACACACUUUACCUAUUCCUAUAUGAAGGAGUUCCUCACUCCUGGCAUCCUAUUAGAUUUAUUGCAAACUUCUGGCCCCAGAUAUUAAUCCCCCCCCCCGCACAUCUGAAAAAGGUCGGGCUGGAUCAUACUCGAUCCACCUCAUCAUCAGCACAUAUUGCUGUGGGACUCGCAAGUCCAGUGUACUGAAGAACUCCACUCCACACCUGUCCUGUGAACCAGAGCUGGGGGUGAGUGGUGAUUAGGUCUUGGGAGAUGGAACCUGAGACCCUGGAAGCUAAUGUUCCAUCAAAGGCAUUUAGAAACACCUUGUCAAUUUAUGCAUUUGAAUUUUAAAAUGGAACAAGUUUAUUGAAAGUUUACAUUUUAGUGAAAGUCCGGAAUCCCAAAUGAAUGACUUUCCACCCCAAUUUCCAGUCUCCUGAUUCAGAAUAUUUCAAAGUUCAAAAUAGAUUUAUUAUCAAAUUACAUAUGUCACCCUAUACUACCUUGAGGUUCAUUUUCUUUCAGGCAUUUACAGGAAAAACUACAAACCCCAUUUCCAGAAAAGUUGGGAUAUUUUCCAAAAUUCAAU